GCUGCUGGAGGAGAACAUCCUCACCUUUGUGAAGAACGAGCUGAAGAAGAUCCAGAAGGUUUUGAGUUCAGAUUACCCAGAAUGCUUAGUGAAAGAGGAUGAGGAGGUGCUGGAUGAAGAGCAGGGGAGGAGCAGAGAGGCAUUUGUGAAGAUCUCAGUGCACUUCCUGAGGAGAAUGAAGCAGGAGGAGCUGGCUGAGCGUCUGCAGAGCAGACUUCUUGCUCCAGUUUGUCAGCGUGAACUCAAAUCCAACCUGGAGAAGAAGUUCCAGUCUGUGUUUGAGGGCAUCGCUAAAGCAGGAAACCCAACCCUUCUGAAUGAGAUCUACACAGAGCUCUACAUCACAGAGGGAGGGACUGCAGAGGUCAAUCAAGAACAUGAGGUCAGACAGAUUGAAACAGCAUCCAGGAGACCAGACAGACCAGAAACCACCAUCAGACAAGGAGAUCUCCUCAAAGCCUCAGCUGGAGGAGAAGAACCAAUCAGAACAGUGAUGACUAAGGGAGUGGCUGGCAUUGGGAAAACAGUCUUAACACAGAAGUUCACUCUGGACUGGGCUGAAGACAAAGACCACCAGGACAUACAGUUCACAUUUCCAUUCACCUUCAGAGAGCUGAAUGUGCUGAGAGAGAAGAAGUUCAGCUUGGUGGGACUUGUUCAUCACUUCUUCAGUGAAACCAGAGCAGCAGGAAUCUGCAGGUUUCAAGAGUUCCAGGUUGUGUUCAUCUUUGACGGUCUGGAUGAGUGUCGACUUCCUCUGGACUUCCACAACAAUGAGAUCCUGACUGAUGUCACAGAGACCUCCUCAGUGGAUGUGCUCCUCACAAACCUCAUCAGGGGGAACCUGCUUCCCUCUGCUCGCCUCUGGAUAACCACACGACCUGCAGCAGCCAAUCAGAUCCCUCCUGAGUGUGUUGGCAUGGUGACAGAGGUCAGCGGGUUCACUGACCCCCAGAAGGAGGAGUACUUCAAGAUGAGGUUCAGAGACGAGGAGCAGUCCCAGGUGUGA